AUGAAGCCGAGAGGGAGAGGUAGAACUUGGAAAGUGGUAUCAUGCACUACGCAAGAAACCCCUCAUCCUCAACAUCAUGCCAAUCCUAUAUCUGCUAGUAAUAUAUCGAGGGGCCGGCUGUUUGUGUUCUCCAUCCGCCCCUCCUCUCCUGCUUGCUCUUUGCGUCUCGACACAACUCGUAGUCGCAGCAUCAGCUCAACGUUCUUGAUCUCAACUUUGACCUCAACGACUCAACAGUUGGUUGCUACCGCAACAAAGCACAAAGCUGAAAGGAUUGGGCCCCGGAGAAAGAGAAAAAAGCAAAGAUAUCAUCACUCUUGUUCCGUGUUCGGACAGUUCCUACCUUCAGUCCGUAGAUUAUCCGAUUGA